GGGGGCGGAACAUGUCUCCCGCCGCAGGAAGAUGAGGCAGCGGCGGCGGCUGCGGGCGUAGCGGGCCGGAGCCGACGCGGCGGCGGGCACCGCGGGCACCGCGCACGCCGCUGCCCCAGGGGCGCCCCGGCCGGCCGCGCGCACGGGCCCCGCGGGACGGGCCACGCGGGGGUGGGAGGGGCCCGGGCCACGCGCGCCGCCGCCGCCCACGCGCGACCCUCGGGGGCCCGGCCGCGACGCCCCUUUGUCCGGGGGGGGCCCCCCGCUUCAUGCCGCCGCCCCCCACGCGCCGCGUGCCCGGCCGCGCCCAGCAGGGUUUCCAGGCCUGAGGUGCCCGCCCUGGCCCCAGGAGAAUGAACCAGCCGCAGAGGAUGGCGCCUGUGGGCACAGACAAGGAGCUCAGUGACCUCCUGGACUUCAGCAUGAUGUUCCCGCUGCCUGUCACCAAUGGGAAGGGCCGGCCCGCCUCCCUGGCCGGGGUGCAGUUCGGAGGUUCAGGUCUUGAGGACCGGCCCAGCUCAGGCUCCUGGGGCAGCGGCGACCAGAACAGCUCCUCCUUUGACCCCAGCCGGACCUUCAGCGAGGGCACCCACUUCACUGAGUCGCACAGCAGCCUCUCUUCAUCCACAUUCCUGGGACCGGGACUCGGAGGCAAGAGCGGUGAGCGGGGUGCCUAUGCCUCCUUUGGGAGAGACGCAGGUGUGGGCGGCCUGACUCAGGCUGGCUUCCUGUCCGGCGAGCUGGCCCUCAGCAGCCCCGGGCCCCUGUCCCCUUCGGGCAUGAAGGGGACCUCCCAGUACUACACCUCCUACUCCGGCAGCUCCCGGCGGAGAGCGGCAGACGGCAGCCUAGACACGCAGCCCAAGAAGGUCCGGAAGGUCCCGCCGGGUCUUCCAUCCUCGGUGUACCCGCCCAGCUCAGGUGAGGACUACAGCAGGGAUGCUGCCACCUACCCAUCCGCCAAGACCCCCAGCAGCGCCUAUCCCGCCCCCUUCUACAUGGCAGAUGGCAGCCUGCACCCCUCAGCAGAGCUCUGGAGUCCCCCAGGCCAGGCGGGCUUCGGGCCCAUGCUGGGUGGGGGCUCAUCCCCGCUGCACCUCCCGCCCGGCAGCGGCCCCGUGGGCAGCAGUGGAAGCAGCAGCACAUUUGGUGGCCUGCACCAGCAUGAGCGCAUGGGCUACCAGCUGCACGGAGCAGAGGUGAAUGGUGGGCUCCCAUCUGCAUCCUCCUUCUCCUCGGCCCCCGGAGCCACGUACGGCGGCGUCUCCAGCCACACGCCACCUGUCAGCGGGGCCGACAGCCUCCUGGGCUCCCGAGGGACCACAGCUGGCAGCUCCGGGGAUGCCCUUGGCAAAGCACUGGCCUCGAUCUACUCCCCAGAUCACUCAAGCAAUAACUUCUCGUCCAGUCCCUCCACCCCUGUGGGCUCCCCCCAGGGCCUGGCAGGGACGUCGCAGUGGCCUCGAGCGGGAGCCUCCGGUGCCUUAUCGCCCAGCUACGACGGGGGUCUCCACGGCCUGCAGAGUAAGAUAGAAGACCACCUGGACGAGGCCAUCCAUGUGCUCCGCAGCCACGCCGUGGGCACAGCCGGCGACAUGCACACGCUGCUGCCUGGCCACGGGGCGCUGGCCUCAGGUUUCACCGGCCCCAUGUCGCUGGGCGGGCGGCACGCAGGCCUGGUUGGAGGCGGCCACCCUGAGGACGGCCUUGCAGGCAGUACCAGCCUCAUGCACAACCACGCGGCCCUCCCCAGCCAGCCAGGUGCCCUCCCUGACCUCUCUCGGCCUCCCGACUCCUACAGUGGGCUAGGGCGAGCAGGUGCCACGGCGGCUGCCAGUGAGAUCAAGCGGGAGGAGAAGGAGGACGAGGAGAACACGUCGGCGGCUGACCACUCGGAGGAGGAGAAGAAAGAACUGAAGGCCCCCCGGGCCCGGACCAGCCCAGACGAGGACGAGGACGACCUUCUCCCCCCAGAGCAGAAGGCCGAGCGGGAGAAGGAGCGCCGGGUGGCCAAUAACGCCCGAGAGCGGCUGCGGGUCCGUGACAUCAACGAGGCCUUUAAGGAGCUGGGGCGCAUGUGCCAACUGCACCUCAACAGCGAGAAGCCCCAGACCAAACUGCUCAUCCUGCACCAGGCCGUCUCGGUCAUCCUGAACUUGGAGCAGCAAGUGCGAGCCUCCCCUAGAGCUGAGUCUGAGGGCACUUGCACCUGGGCAGCCAGUCGCGAGCACACGCAGGCGCCCCACCAUGGGGCUCUGCUGCAUUGCAGGGAGCACAUUCCCCGUGCGCACAGAGGAGCACAUUUUCAUGCAUUUGACAACACACACAUCAGCAUGUGGACCUGUACUGCUGCCCACACCAACACCAGCAGUACGGACGAGGUGCUGUCCCUGGAGGAGAAAGACCUGAGGGACCGGGAGAGGCGCAUGGCCAAUAACGCGCGGGAGCGGGUGCGCGUGCGGGAUAUUAACGAGGCCUUCCGGGAGCUGGGGCGCAUGUGCCAGAUGCACCUCAAGUCGGACAAAGCGCAGACUAAGCUGCUCAUCCUGCAGCAGGCCGUGCAGGUCAUCCUGGGGCUGGAGCAGCAGGUGCGAGAGCGGAACCUGAAUCCCAAAGCAGCCUGUUUGAAACGGCGAGAAGAGGAAAAGGUGUCGGGUGUGGUUGGAGACCCCCAGAUGGUGCUUUCAGCUGCCCACCCAGGCCUGAGCGAAGCCCACAACCCCGCCGGGCACAUGUGAAAGGUAUGUCUCCGUGGGACGAGCCACCCGCUCUCAGCCCUGUGUGCUGGGCCCAGAACGGCCACUCGAGACCCCGGGCUUCAUCCACGCUCACACCUCACACACCUGUUGUCAGCAUCGAGCCAACGCCAACCUGACGGGGUUCGGAGUGAUGGGGGCGGCCAAGGUGACACUGGGUCCAGGAGCUUCCUGGGGCCCUGGCCUGCCACUCACUGGCCUCGCUCCCCCUGUCCCCGAAUCUCAGCCACCAUGUCACCCUGUGACCUGUCCCAUGGAUCCUGAAACUACAUCUUGGCCCUGUUGCCCGGGCUGACAGGAGCAUUUUUUUUUUUUCCAGUAAACAAAACCUGAAAGCAAGCAACAAAACAUACACUUUGUCAGAAAAGAAAAAAAAUGCCUUAACUAUAAAAAGCGGAGAAAUGGAAACAUAUCACUCAAGGGGGAUGCUGUGGAAACCUGGCUUAUUCUUCAAAAGCCACCAGCAAAUUGUGCCUAAGCGAAAUAUUUUUUUUAAGGAAAAUAAAAAGAACAUUAGUUACAAGAUUUUUUUUUUCUUAAUGUAGAUGAAAAUUAGCAAGGAUGCUGCCUUUGGUCUCUGGUUUUUUUUAAGCUUUUUUUGCAUAUGUUUUGUAAGCAACAAAUUUUUUUGUAUAAAAGUCCCGUGUCUCUCGCUAUUUCUGCUGCUGUUCCUAGACUGAGCAUUGCAUUUCCUGAUCAACCAGAUGAUUAAACGUUGUAUUAAAAAGACCCCGUGUAAACCUGAGCCCCCCCGCCCCCCCGGAAGCCACUGCACACAGAACGGGGACAGGCGGCGGGUCUUGUUUUUUUGAUGUUGGGGAUUCUCCUCUUGGUUUUGUCACGUGGAAAGUGAUGCGUGGGCAUUCCCUGAUGAAGGCACCUUGGGGCUUCCCUGCCGCAUCCUCUCCCCUCAGGAAGGGGGCUGACCUGGGCUUGGGGGAAGGGACGUCAGCAAGGUGGCUCUGACCCUCCCAGGUGACUCUGCCAAGCAGCUCUGGCCCCCAGGGCUACCCCACACGAUGCCCUCCCCAGGCCCCCAUAAGCUGCUCUCCCUUGGAACCUGCACACCUUUCUGAAAUGGGGCAUUUUGUUGGGACCAAUGACCCCUGGCAUGGGGACCACACCCUGGAGCCCGGUGCUGGGGACCUCCUGGACACCCUGUCCUUCACUCCUUUGCCCCAGGGACCCAGGCUCAUGCUCUGAACUCUGGCUGAGGGGAUGCUGCUCAGGAGCCAGCACAGGACACCCCCCACCCCACCCCAGCAUGUCCCCAUUACGCCGGAGGGCCAUUGUGACGUAGACGGGAUGCCAGGGGCCUGGCCAGCCUCCCCCAACGCUGGGGAGCAUCCCUGGGCCUGGGGCCACACCUGCCGCCCUCCCUCUGUGGGGUCCAAGGGCAAAAGUGGCUGGAGCCGGGAGACUGUGCUGGUCUGAGCCCCACGAAGGCCUUGGGCUGCGCGUCCCACCCUGCUGCAGAACCAGCAGGGUGGCCCCUCGGGCCCAUCUGUGUCCCGUGUCUCAGCACCCAGGCCUCUCUCCAGUCUCCUUUUCUGGUCUUUUGCCAUGAAGGUAACCAGCUCAUCCCAGCUGGCUGGGGACUGUGUGGGGUUUAAAACUACAAGUCUCCUACCCCGGGAUCCCAUCCAGUUCCACACAAACUAGGGCGAUGGUCACUGUGGCACCCAGAUGUAGGCCUGGCUAGCUGGGCGCCUUCAUGUGCUCUUCAGGCCCCUCCCUGCAUUGAGGCCUUGUGGACCCCUGGGCUGGCUGUGCUCACCCCAGCAGCAGGUCCGGCGUCUCCCCCCGUGCCACCCCUGAGACUCCCACCGUUACCCCCAGGAGAUUCUGGACUGCCUGACUCCCCUCCCCAGACUGUCUUGGGAGCCUGGGCCCCAUGGCAGAUUCAAGGGAAACCGCAAGGCCAGCUCAAUGCCUGGGAUCUGCCCCCAGUCCAGGCCAGGCGGAGGGGAGGGGCUGUCUGGCUGCCUCUCCCUUCUCAGUGGCUUCCCCUGCGCCCCGGGUGUUUGAUCUCUUAAGGGAACCUGCGUCUCCCUCUUGUUUUGCUCCUGGCCCUGCUCCUAGGUCUGGGUGGGCAGUGGCCCCGUAGCCUCUGGAACUGUGAGUUCUGCGUAGAAUUUAAACGAGAUUCACCCAGCGCGAGGAGGAAGAAACGGCAGUUCCGGGGAACCACAAUUAUGGGGGGGUGGGGGAUGUGCUCUGAGUGCCUCAAGAUGGUUUUCAAAAAAAAUUUUUUUUAAAUAAUUUUAUACAUGUCAACACAGCUGGCUGGAUUAUUGGGACUUUUAAACGAUCCUCUUUCAAGUGGAUUCAGAGACCUGUCCUGUAUAUAACAGCAUUGUAGCAAUAAAUGUGACAUUUUAUAACGAU